CGUGGUACAAAACUAACGCGCGGCUAAUUUGCAUAUUGUACUCUAGACUCGAAAUCCACGAGAUAGUGGUUUUCUACUGUUUUGGCCCUUCUGGAAUUUCUCUUUUGGUCUGUCCUUUUAAACAUUCAUAGUAUUCUUAGAGUUUCAGAUUUAAGACAUGGCGCAACUCAACGUUUGCAGUCCAAAUGUCAAGUACACCCCGGAAUAUAUUGAAAGCAGAUAUGUCUAUGAUACAACAGAAGUAAAGCUGGACUUAAAGAAUUCCUAUACUGUCACUCCUAAAGAGACUAUCUAUACCUUUCGCACUGAGCGCAAAGUACCGAGGGUUGGGUGCAUGCUUGUUGGAUGGGGUGGGAAUAAUGGUACAACUAUAACAGCUGGUGUGUUGGCAAAUAAGAUGGGACUAUCCUGGAACACAAAAGAGGGUCUUAAGAAAUCCAACUAUGUUGGCUCAUUGACUCAAGCCUCUACUGUUCACCUUGGGUCUGGGCCUGAUGGAGAUGUGCACAUUCCUAUGAAAGACCUUCUCCCUAUGGUCAAUCCUGAUGACAUUGUCUUUGAUGGCUGGGACAUAUCUUCUUUCAAUAUGGCAGAUGCCAUGAAAAGGGCCAAGGUUCUGGACUGGGGUCUUCAGGAGCAGCUGCGCCCACACAUGGUGAACAUGAAACCCCGCCCAUCAAUCUACUGCCCUGAUUUUAUUGCCGCAAACCAGAUGGAUCGUGCUGACAAUGUCCUUGUUGGGACAAAGCAGCAAAUGCUUGAGCAAAUCCAGUGGGACAUCAGAGAUUUCAAACAGAAAAAUAAUUUGGAUAAGGUGAUUGUGUUAUGGACAGCAAACACUGAACGAUUUUGUGACAUCAAGGAAGGACUGAAUGACACCGCGGCCAAUCUUUUGAGUUCCAUUGCUAAAGAUGAAGAGGAGGUGUCCCCCUCAACAAUAUUUGCAGUGGCGAGUAUCUUAGAAGGGUGUUCUUACAUCAACGGCUCACCCCAGAACACCUUUGUACCCGGUGUUAUGGAGCUGGCAGAACAAAACGACGUCUUCAUUGUUGGUGACGACUUCAAAUCUGGCCAGACCAAGAUUAAGUCCGUGCUGGUAGAUUUCCUGGUCAGUGCUGGUAUCAAGCCGGUAUCCAUAGUCAGCUACAACCAUCUCGGUAACAAUGAUGGCAAAAAUCUCUCUGCUCCAAAGCAGUUCCGCUCCAAGGAGAUUUCCAAGAGUAACGUGGUGGAUGACAUGGUGGAGUCUAACAGAGUGUUGUACAGCGAGGGAGAGAAACCCGAUCAUUGUGUGGUCAUCAAAUAUGUCCCGUAUGUGGGAGACAGCAAAAGAGCUAUGGACGAAUACACCUCUGAGAUCUUCAUGCAUGGGCUCAACACUAUCGUGCUGCACAACACGUGUGAGGACUCGCUUCUCGCCUCGCCUAUCAUCCUAGACCUCGUAAUUCUGUGUGAAGUCUGCGAGCGAAUCAAAUUCAAAGUGAACGACGAGGAAGAGUUCCAGAACUUCAACAGCGUGCUAUCGAUCCUGAGUUACCUCCUCAAGGCGCCGCUUGUUCCCUCCGGGGCCCCUGUGGUGAAUGCCUUAUUCAAACAGCGGGCCUGUAUCGAAAACAUCUUCAGGGCUUGCCUCGGUCUUAAGCCACAAAAUCAUAUGCAGCUGGAACACAAGCUCUCCAAGUCAGAAUACCACGCUGGGCACCAAUCAAAUGGCAUACCCUCCAGCCUCAAACGUAAACUCACCGACACCACUCAACAAAGCGCGCGCAUGGAGAAGCUAGCCAAAUCCGCAGGCCAUCAAGAGCAAAACGGCCUAAAUGGCGUCACACACUGACAAAACUGGACUUAAUAUAGAAUUGAAUAAAAUUUUAAGCUCUCAAAAACAAUAUGGGAGUUAUUUACAAAAAGCAAAAAGAAUGAAAUAAGAAAAUAGAGAAACUGAGAAGAGAAUUUGGUGUGACCUAAAGGUUUACCUAGCCUAUUUUUAGAAAUAACUAGUCAAGAGAGGGAGGGUUUAUCUAGUGGUUCUUAGCGAAUACGGUUGCAAAGCAAAGGCCUAUCCCUUAAUUUACAAUCACAUCAUAGUCAGAUGUGUUGUCACAUACCGCCAUAUGACAGGGGCGGAUCUAUCUUUUCGCUAAAGGGGGGUUUGGCUCAGUGACAAAGGGGGGAGGGGGUAAUUUUUUUUACAUAUGGCUUCCUGGCAGCCCAAAAGAGGGAGGGCUUAAACCCCCUAACCCCCCCGCUACUGUAUGACUGAACGUUAAGAUUAUUUUAUUAAUUUCUAAAAGCGGCUGAUGUGUGUAUUAGCCAUCUAUCUACGAUGGUCUCAAUUUUUAAUGUUAAUUUUAGUCGGGCGUCGAUAAAUGGUGACUGGCUUCCGUUUUAGUUCAUAUAGAACGCAAGCAUAAAUACAUGGUGGCAACAAUGUUUUUGUGUAGUCUAAAUUAUGACAAUUAUUUAUGAAAAUGAGCUGUAUAACAAGUACUUAUUAAUAUGCAAUUAUGUUUUUUGAAUAAAAAGUACAUGUUUGUUGAA